AUGGCAACGAACAAUGAUAUACAAAUAAAAGUAGAAAAUGAGGAUUAUUUACCUGAAUAUGAUGAUCAUGUUCUUUUUAUUCAUAUUAAUCAAUGGGAAAAUCAUUCAAUUGCAAAAAUUCAACUAGCAGCUCAACAAGCUCGAGAUGAUCUUCAAGACAUUUUUGAUAGAAAACGUAAAGAAUUUACUAAUUUAUUAGAUCAAAUUAAUCAAGAAACAAAUACAAAUGUAAAUGAAAAUAUUAAUAUUUCAAAAUGGAAACAACAAUUAAAUAAACUUCAACAAGAUUUAUCAAAUCUACCGUCCGACAUUUAUUUAGAACAUAACAAAGAUGAAUUUCCAAUACAUUUUAUUAAACUUCAUCACAAUAUUAACAAUAAUAAUGAAAUGAAACCAAUAAUUGAGGAUCCAGAUGAAGAAAUUAUAAAUGUACCUGGCACUGCACCAUUAGGAUUAACUAUGUUACAUAAUUUACCAUUGGUUGAACAAAAACAAGUGUUAGGUGAACGAUUAUUUGUACUUGUUCAACAAAUUGAACCAACACAUACUGCGAAAAUUACUGGAAUGUUUAUUGAAUUAGAGACAAAACAUAUUUUAACAUUAAUUAAGACACAGGAUAUACUCAAAGAAAAAAUCCAAGAAGCACUUGAUACGCUAAACGCUUAUCAACACAAACCAAGUACUACGAUUAAAUCAUCAUGA